AUGACGAAUAGUUCAAUGUCAAUCAAUCGCUGGAGUUCACUAAUGUUCAGGCGGAACCAUGGAAUCUCACUCUGCUCUCUCUGCUUAUGUAAACACGCCACGGACCGCUGGAAGACCACCGCACUGGAGCGACGUGGGCGUAGUUGGCGUACGGCGCUGGAUGAGAUCAGCCCUCGAUGCGAUACACAAUCGCCGGGGAUGAGAUAUGGGUCCGCUGAUAUGCGAAACAUGAGCGCGUGGCUGUCCGUCGCCCACCGCCGAUGUCGGAAAGAAGUCGGCGAAGCGUAA